AUGGCGGUGCCCUGUAUGACGAAAGUAAGAGAAGUACUUGAAGUGGAGAAAUUGAACUCACAGCAAGAGAAAGCGAUCAGUAGCCUUUUGAAAGGAAAGGAUGUCUUCCUCUCUUUAAGAACAGGUAUCAACCAAUUUAAAUUUGGUCUCAUUUAUUCUUUUAGGGGAGAAAGUACAGAACAUGUCCAAGCUUUCAGGGAAUGGUUUUCACUAACAGGUGAGAUAAGGUCGUUGAUUAGCUGUCCUGCCCUUGUCAUUACAGCCACUGAUAGCAAGGAAGCAAGGAAAGUAAAUAAAAAACGACUUGCUCUAAACAACUGUGUAGACAUUAUUGACAGUCCAGAUAGAGAAAACAUUAAAUUAUUUGUGCACAAGUUGAAAAACACUGUACCUAUUGAGGUGACAUUUGGCUGGUUAUUAAAGGAUUUAUCCUUGAAAAAAAAAGACUGUACAAGAACACUUAUAUUUUGUUCAAGCAUAAAAAUUUGUGCAGAUGUAUACACUGCCUUUCUUAUGGUAUUAGACAAGUCUGUGAUGGAAUAUGUUCAUAUGUUUCAUUCUUGUACCUCUGAAAAUGUGAAGGAAAAGAUUAGAGAGGAUAUGAGUGAUGAGAAUGGUAACAUUAGAGUUUUAAUAGCUACUAGUGCAGCGGGUAUGAGUGUGAAUUAUAGGGGCAUCAACAAUGCCGUGCAUUAUAGUCCACCUAAAGAUAUGGAUAGUUUUGUUCAGCAGCUUGGGCGUGCUGGUCGUGAUGGUAGUCAAUCUUUUCAUUUACUUAUUUACAAUAGCAGGCACACUCGCAAACUUGAACUUGACAUGAAAAAUUACAUUGAAAACGUAGAUAAGUGUCGUAGACUUCAAAUGUUGGAGUCAUAUGAUUCUUUUCCAAAUGCAAAAGUUGUUAAACAUUUGUGUUGUGAUAUAUGCUUAAGAAAUUGUGAAUGUAAUGACAAAUGUUGUUUAUUGUAUCAGCAUCCAUAUAACUUAUUUCAAAGUGAUGAUGAUUCUAGUGAUGACAAUUCUUGUAUCUCAAAUGAAACAGAUUUGAGAGUGAUGAUGUUUUUGAUUAUGAAAUGGAUCCAGAGUUUGAAUAAGAUAUUUACCACUCUGUUAGUUUCAGUUUGUUAUGAAGUUUGA